UCGCGACUGACAGAUAUAGAAUAUCCAUGUUGGUCUCUCGAGGAACUACUUUUGAAAAUCUUCCGUUACAAACGGAAGGUUGAGUUUGUUAGCAGCAAACAAAGUGUCUGUUGCCUGAUAGCUUAUGAUAGCUUGCAAUAUUUGUAUUUUCCAGCUGUUAUUUAGUUGGUAGAGAAUUAAUACAUGGCAGAGAGUUUUGUAAGGGCAUAUGUUACUCUAAGCCCACAGGUUUAUACUAUUUAAAUAAAUAAGCUCGAGAUAGCUGGCUAGCAUUAGCUAACGGUUACUUUAACCGCUAACUUCAGUUAGCUGAUGUAAUUACUACUGGAUAGCCAAAUGUUAACUUAGCUCACAGGUGUGUGUGCAAGUAAGUUCACACAAUUAUGGCGGAAGACCAACGAAUUUGUUUUUUACAGUAUGUUACACUAAAGACCUUAAAAUUGAAGCCUGACAAAUGGCAAAAGUUCAUCGGUGCAGAGGAGACGCAAACCACAAUAAUUACUUUCUUUGAAAAAACCGACAUCGAGGAGCUGGUGAUAUCUCUCAAUGCAGCUUCUCAGCUUGAAGUUCAUCUCGGAUUUCCUCAAACAGUUAAAACUAAAGCCGUAUAUUUCGUUAAACAUGACAAUGUAAAAAUAACCAAAGAUAACCUAAAACAAAUAUACAUUGGAGAUGUCGCCAAUUCGCCAGUCGAAGCCACUAUUGGAGUAAUGGAGGAGGUUGUCUACCCUCUACACAUUAAUGGAGACAAUGUCAGGUCUUGGCCCAAGGUUGUGUCUGAAGAUGUAACACGCCACGCUCACAAACUUAAAAAUGAAGUGUUUGUGGUGGGAGGACAGAUCAAAGGAAGAACCUUUCUACCACUGCCAGAAAAUUGUGAUGAAUAUAACCAGUAUUCUUCAACAGUUGAUAGCAGUAUAAUGCAUGCAUUCGAGACAGUGAUAAUAGACUGGACCCAUCAAGUGUCAAAUGUACUAAAUAAAGAUUCAGCCCAGCCAAUACUUGACAAGCUCAAUCCUCUUCCCAAAGUGGAAUUUGAUUUCUGGAAUAACAGGUUGAAGAAUCUUGAAUGUAUAAACCAACAGCUAAUGGAUUCCAGGGUAUGCAAGAUGGCAACAAUUGUAGAAAGUGCGGGAAGCAUGUACUGGCCUGCUCUGAACAAAAUCUACAAAGAUGUCCAGGAGGGCCUGAAAGAGGCUUGGGACAUUGUUAUUUUCCUAAAACCACUGCAGAAAAUCCUGGAUGAAAUUGAACAGUUGGAUUAUCCCUUGCUUCCCUCUUGCAUUGCAUCUGUGAUGCACACAGUGUGUCUAAUAUGGGCACAUUCAGAACAAUAUAGUCGUCCAGCCAGAAUCAUCGUCAUUUUACAGGAAAUCUGCAACCUCUUUAUUGAUAUGACCAGAAAUUAUUUGGGUCCUGAAGAGGUGAUGAAAGGCUUGCAAGGAGAAAUAGACGAAGUACUAGGGACUAUCAGAACAAGUAUAGUCGUUCUGGUAACCCUCAGAGAGAACUAUGACAAGUGCAAGAUGAAAAUGGACAAAUAUUUCAUAGAUCGGACAGCUAAACACUGGGAAUUUCCAUCAUACCUUGUCUUCACAAAACUUGAUGCAUUUUUACAGCGCUUGAAGAUUAUAGAGGAUGUGUAUGUUGUCUCAACGGAGCUUCUGAAGCUUGAAAAAGUUGACGUUCAGGGUGUGCGAGGAGGUGCAAUAGGGUCCCUGGUCUUCAGUAUCUAUGAGGAAUUUCUAGAGCUUGUGAAAAUAUUUGCAGAAUGCAAAUAUGAUGCAAUUGAUACUGAUGACAAGACGUUUGAUGAGGACUAUAAAGAAUUCCAAGAACGAAUUGUAGACAUAGAGAGACGCCUGGGAACUAUACUCUGCCAGGCUUUUGAUGACUGCUCAUGCAGUGAAUCUGCUGUGAAGCUCUUUGACAUGUUUGGGUUUAUCUUGGAGAGGCCUCAUAUUCAGUCACAAAUCGCCUCCAAAUACAAAGAGCUGGUGGAUAUGUUCAGCUCUGAGUUGGAUAUUACCAAGCUGGUGUUUGAUGCCCAAAUGUCUGCAGCAGAGAUAUGUAAAGGCAUUCCUCCCAUAUCAAAGAACAUGCCUCAUAUAGCUGGACAACUGAAGUGGGCCCAAGAGUUGCGAGACAGAAUACAGACUCCUAUGACAAGCUUCAAAGCAAUCUCUCAUUCGUGUAUGGACACUGACGAAGCCAGGCUUGUUUUCCAAAAAUAUGAUGAGAUGAUGAAGCUACUUCAUGACUAUUGCACCCAUGUAUACACAAACUGGACCUCCCAAGUUGAUGUAGACUGUAAAUUCAAUCUGGACCAGCCCCUCCUCUUACGGGACAAGGAGAAAAAUGUUCUCAGAGUGAAUUUCAAUAAACAGCUCGUGGCAGUGUUGCGGGAGGUGAAAUACCUCACUAUUCAAGGAGAGGAAGCCAUUCCAGGCAGUGCAGCAGAUGUCUUUGGAAAGUAUGAAACCUUCAGGAAGUAUGUUAGCAACCUGGAUCUCAUUGUCUUCUGGUACAAUGAGGUUAGAGCUACAGUUCUACCAGUGGAGUUUCCUCUUAUAGAAGAGGAACUGAAGAGCAUUGAUGAGCAGCUCUCACAGGCUGAAACUACUCUGUGCUGGAAUAGUAAUGGUGUGUGGGAGCAUAUUCAGAGCAUGAGGGACACCUUGAAAGAUUUCCAAACGAGGAUCAGUAUGGCUAAAGCUAACGUCAAAUCCAUGCUUUUGAUUAUGGAUGAAUGGUCACACGCUCCUAUCUUCGAGAGGAAGGACAAUAAAAAAGAAUCACUGCUUGAUCUGGAUGGCCGGCAAACUACAUUAAAGAAGAAGUACAACGCCAUCCAAGAAUCUGGAGUUAGGCUGCAUAAAUUGACAGAGGAAAAUAAGAAGCUGUUCAGAGCAAAUGAGGACUCGCAAUCUUGGAAAGAAUACAUAGACUAUAUUGAUGAUAAGGUCAUGGAAGGAUUUUUCAAUGUUGUCCGCGUAUCACUGGAAUUCCUUACGAACAAUAUGCAUGCCGAGAAGUGUAAAUAUCCUUUAUUUGAAGUACGCUUUGAACUUGAUGAUGAAGACACAUACUUCCACCCAUCUCUUGGUUAUGGUGUGACUAAUGGUCUCUACGAUCUGGUGGAGAGCCUGAUUGACGAUGUCUACGGAUGUGCUAAACUUGUACCACGGGUUACCUUGACUCAUGCAAUGGCCUACAACGAUGAGCUGGAGGAUAUGGCUGAGUUAACUGACCUCCGUGAGGAGAUUAUGAACCAGGUUCUUGAAGCCAUGAAAGAGGCCCAAGUAUACCGCGAAGACCUCUACAAGUAUGCAUACUUAUGGCAGGACAGCCGAGAGGAGUUCAUGGAACAGUUCCUGUUGUAUGGUAAAAUGCUCACCCAAGAAGAAAUUGAGGCUCAUGGAGAUGAGCCUGUCCCCAGCAACUCUCCUACGCUCAAGGAGUUCAAGGGAGAGAUUGACAACUAUGAAAACUUGUACAAGGCAGUGAGCAUGCUUGAGAACUCUAGAUUGAUGCAGCGGUGGCUUCAGAUUGACACAAGGCCUUUCAAGCAUGUCCUUCUAAACAUAAUCAAGAGAUGGAGUCUAAUGUUCAAACAGUACCUCAUUGACCGAGUUACCCAUAGUCUAAAGGACCUAGACUUGUUUAUCAAGGAGAGGAGGUGUGGCCUCUCUCAGGCAGUGGAGGAGGGAGACUAUGAAGGCCUGGUGGAGGUCAUGGGAAACCUGAUGAAGGUGAAGGACCGGCAGGCAGCCACAGAUACCAUGUUUCACCCGCUGAAGGAGACCAUUGAGUUCUUGAAGGAGUAUGGCGAGGAGCUGCCAGACGAAGUCCAUGCUCAACUGCAGGACCUCCCAGAGCACUGGAACAACGUGAAGAAGUCUGCCCUUCAGGUCAAGCAGAAUGUUGCUCCUCUGCAAGCACACGAAGUAAACAUAAUUCGCAGGAAGUGUCAGCAGUUUGAGAUUAAGCAACAUGAGUUCCGUGAGAAAUUCAGAAGUCUGCCUUUCUUCCUCUCCUCCUAUGAAGAGCCACACGCAGCUAUGGAUGAGACUCAGGAGGCCAUUAUAGAUUUCGAAGAACAGAUGGUGGCAUUGUCUCGAUCAGCCAGCUUGUUUGAAGUAAAUGUCCCCGAUUAUAAGCAGUUGAAGGCCUGCAGGAAAGACAUAGUCUUGCUGAAGGAAUUGUGGGAUAUGGCCUUGUUGGUGAAGGGAAACAUGGAUGACUGGAAGACUACUCUAUGGAAGGAUAUCAAUGUGGAGGACAUGGACUUGGAAACCAAAAAGUAUGCCAAAGACGUCAAAGGCCUGGACAAGGAGAUGAGGGUAUGGGAUGCCUUCUCUGGACUGGACAGUAUGGUGAAGAACAUGCUGACAUCCCUGCGGGCUAUUGGAGAUCUGCAGAAUCCAGCCAUCAGAGAUCGCCACUGGCAUCAGCUUAUGGUGGCCACCAAGGUGAAGUUUGAAAUGUCAGAGAAGACCACAUUUGAGGAUUUACUCCUUCUCAACCUCCAUGAGUUUGAGGAUGAAGUGCGUGGUAUUGUGGACAAAGCUGUCAAAGAGUCUGGCAUGGAGAAGAUGCUGCGAGAGCUGGAUAAGAUAUGGAGUACCAUGGUGUUUGAGCAUGAGCCCCACGGCCGUACCGGCACCAUGCUGCUCAAGCCCAACGAGGAGCUGGUGGAGAUACUGGAGGACAACCAGGUGCAGCUGCAAACUAUCAUGACCUCCAAGUACAUCGCCCACUUCUUGGAGGAGGUGUCCGGCUGGCAGCAGAAGCUCUCCACCGCCGAUGCAGUCAUUUCCAUCUGGUUUCAAGUGCAGCGCACCUGGACCCACCUGGAGAGCAUCUUCAUCGGCUCAGAGGACAUUCGCACGCAGCUGCCCGAGGACUCCGCGCGCUUUGAGCGCAUCGACCUGGAGUUCAAGGAAAUCAUGGCAGACGCUGUCAAGACAACAAAUGUAGUGAAAUCCACGAACAAAAAGGGUCUUCUGGGGAAGCUGGAGGAUUUAGAGACAGGACUGGCAUUGUGCGAGAAGGCUCUUGCUGAAUAUUUGGAAACCAAAAGGCUGGCUUUUCCCAGGUUCUACUUUGUGUCGUCUGCUGAUCUGUUGGACAUUUUGUCCAAUGGCAACAACCCUGUUGAGGUCAGCAAGCACCUGUCCAAGCUGUUUGAUAGUCUGUGCAAUUUAAAGUUCCUACUGGAUGAGAAUGACCAGCCAAUGAAGUCAGCCCUUGGAAUGUACAGUCAAGAGAAUGAAUACGUCGAAUUUGACAAUGAAUGUGACUGCUCUGGCCAGGUGGAAUCGUGGCUGAGUCGUGUCCUUGUACGCAUGGUGGAGACACUGCGGGAAAAGUUUGGGGAAGCAGUUCAGACAUAUGAGGAGAAGCCUAGAGAACAAUGGCUAUUUGACUACCCUGCUCAGGUUGCAUUAGCCACCACUCAGAUCUGGUGGACCACAGAGGUAGGCAUUGCUUUUGCCAGACUGGAAGAGGGCUAUGAGAAUGCACUCAAGGACUACUUCAAAAAGCAGGUCGCCCAGUUGAAUGCCCUCAUCAACUUGCUUAUCGGAGACCUGCCUGGGGGCGAACGUCAAAAGAUCAUGACCAUUUGUACAAUUGAUGUCCAUGCUCGUGAUGUGGUCGGGAGGCUGAUCGCUUCCAAGAUUGACAACGUUCAGGCUUUCAUGUGGCAGUCCCAGCUCCGGCACCGCUGGGAUGAGCAUAAGAGGCAUGUCUUUGCCAAUAUCUGUGACGCACAAUUCAUAUACUCCUACGAGUACUUGGGCAACACUCCACGUCUGGUCAUCACACCUCUCACAGACAGGUGUUACAUCACUCUCACUCAGUCCCUCCAUCUCAUCAUGGGUGGAGCCCCGGCUGGUCCCGCUGGAACCGGCAAAACUGAGACCACCAAGGAUUUGGGCCGUGCCCUCGGCAUCAUAGUCUAUGUGUUCAAUUGUUCUGAGCAGAUGGACUACAAGUCCUGUGGAAAUAUCUAUAAGGGCCUGGCUCAGACCGGAGCGUGGGGCUGCUUUGAUGAGUUCAACCGAAUCUCCGUUGAAGUCUUGUCUGUGAUCGCAGUGCAGGUGAAGUGUGUUCAGGAUGGGAUUCGGGAUAAGAAGAGCAACAUCAAUUUCCUGGGUGAGAAUAUCAAACUGAUCCCAACAGUAGGAGCCUUCAUCACCAUGAACCCUGGCUACGCUGGGAGAGCUGAGCUGCCAGAGAACUUGAAAGCCUUGUUCAGGCCUUGUGCUAUGGUGGUGCCUGAUUUCGAGCUGAUCUGCGAGAUCAUGUUGGUGGCAGAGGGUUUUCUAGACGCCCGUAAUCUAGCGCGCAAAUUCAUCACUCUAUACAGUCUGUGCAAAGAGCUGCUCUCCAAACAGGAUCACUAUGAUUGGGGACUGCGUGCUAUAAAGUCAGUGCUGGUGGUGGCUGGCUCUUUGAAGAGGAGUGACAAAACCAGGCCAGAGGACCAGGUGCUCAUGAGGGCCCUGAGGGACUUCAACACCCCAAAGAUCGUGAUGGAUGACAUGCCUGUGUUCAUGGGGCUCAUUGGUGACCUAUUCCCCUCCCUGGAUGUCCCCAGGAACAGGGACCUGAAAUUUGAGACGAUGGUGAAGAAGUCUGUGACGGACCUGAAGCUGCAGGCAGAGGACAACUUUGUGCUGAAGGUGGUGCAGCUGGAGGAGCUGCUGGCUGUCCGGCAUUCUGUGUUUAUCAUUGGCAAUGCCGGGUCAGGCAAGAGCAAGGUGCUCCGUUCACUGAUUAAGACUUACCAGAAUAUGCAGAGAAGGGCCGUAUUGGUGGACCUUGAUCCUAAGGCUGUGACCUGUGAUGAACUCUUUGGGAUCAUCAACCCUGCUACUAGAGAGUGGAAAGAUGGUCUUUUCUCAUGUAUCAUGAGGGACGUGGCCUCCAUAGCCCACGAUGGACCCAAGUGGAUUGUUUUGGAUGGUGACAUCGACCCCAUGUGGAUUGAGUCCCUGAACACUGUCAUGGAUGACAACAAGGUGCUGACACUGGCCAGUAAUGAGCGUAUCCCGCUGAACCCUACCAUGCGACUGGUAUUUGAAAUCAAAGACCUGUGCACUGCCACUCCUGCCACUGUGUCUCGAGCUGGUAUCCUCUUCAUCAACCCUGCUGACCUGGGAUGGAAUCCAGUGGUGACCAGCUGGAUAGAGACACGGGAGGUCCAGUCGGAGAAGGCUAACCUCUCCAUCCUGUUUGACAAAUACCUGCCUGCCUGCCUGGAGAAGCUCAAAUACAGCUUCAAGAAGAUCACCCCCGUUUCUGAGGGCACCAUGGUCCAGAACCUUCUUCACUUCAUGGAGUGCCUGCUGACACCAGAGAACACUCCACCAGACUCCCAUAAGGAGCUUUAUGAGCUCUACUUUGUCUUUGCCUGUGUGUGGGCCUUUGGAGCUUCUAUGUUCCAGGACCAGCUUGCUGACUACCGAGUGGAGUUCAGCAAAUGGUGGGUGAAUGAGUUCAAGACCAUCAAGUUCCCCUCCCACGGAACAGUCUUUGACUACUGCAUUGACAGGGAGUCCAAGAAGUUCGCCCCCUGGACAGAGAAAGUACCCACCUUCAAGCUGGACCCUGAGCUGCCUCUUCAGGCUUCUCUGGUGCACACGGCGGAAACCACCCGUAUCCGCUUCUUCAUGGACAUGCUGAUGGAACUCAAGCGGCCUGUCAUGUUGGUGGGCAACGCUGGCAGCGGGAAAUCUGUGCUAAUGGGAGACAAGCUGCGCAGCCUGAACACUGACCACUAUGUGGUGCAGUCUGUACCCUUUAACUUCUACACCACCUCUGCCAUGCUGCAAGCAAUCUUGGAGAAGCCACUCGAGAAGAAAGCAGGCCGGAACUAUGGACCACCUGGCAGCAAAAAGCUUGUAUACUUCAUUGAUGAUAUGAAUAUGCCUGAGGUGGACAAAUACUUUACAGUGGCUCCACACACAUUCCUUCGCCAGCAUAUAGACCAUGGACACUGGUAUGACAGAGCUAAGCUAACUCUGAAAGACGUCCACAACUGCCAGUAUGUGGCCUGUAUGAACCCCACUGCAGGCAGCUUUACAAUUGACUCAAGACUCCAGAGGCACUUUGUUGUGUUUGCUGUGAGCUUCCCUGGACCAGAUGCUCUCUUCAGUAUCUACAACAACAUUUUCUCCCAGCACCUGGAGAUGUGUGGCUUCGCCCCACCGCUGAAGAAGUUCUGCCCGACCCUUGUGGCGGCAGCUCUUGUAUUCCAUAAGACCGUGUCAACAACAUUCCUGCCAACUGCCAUAAAAUUCCAUUACGUGUUCAACCUAAGAGACCUCUCCAACAUCUUCCAGGCUUUGCUGUUCUGCCGUCCAGCGUGCGCAAAAACCCCCCCUGAGCUGGUGCGCAUUUGGCUGCAUGAGUGCAACCGUGUCUAUGGAGACAAACUGACUGACGAGACGGACAUGGAGGUGUUUGAGAAGAUCCAAGAGAAGACCUGCAAAAAGUGCUUAGAGGAUAUCAAUGCAAGUUAUCUUUUCGAGAAGCCCAACAUCUAUUGCCAUUUUGCACGAGGAAUCGGAGAUCCCCAAUAUUUCCCGGUUGAUAACUGGGGUUCAUUAAUCAAGUUGUUGCAGGAAGCCCUGGAUACCUACAAUGAAGUGAAUGCAGCCAUGAAUCUGGUGCUGUUUGAAGACGCCAUGUUCCACAUCUGCCGAAUCAACCGUAUUCUGGAGAGUCCACGGGGCAAUGCUCUGCUGGUGGGGGUAGGAGGCAGUGGGAAGCAGUCUCUCUCACGGCUUGCAGCCAGCAUCAGCAACCUGGAAGUGUUCCAGAUCACCCUGAGAAAGGGCUAUGGCAUCCCUGACCUAAAGCUGGACCUCAAUGCCCUGUACAUGAAGGCAGGGGUGAAGAACAUUGGGACCGUGUUUCUGAUGACCGACUCCCAGGUGGCUGGGGAGGAGUUCCUGGUGCUCAUCAACGACCUGCUGGCCUCGGGGGAGAUCCCGGGCCUGUUCGUGGAUGAUGAGGUGGAGAAGAUCAUUGGGGCCAUGCGUAAUGAGGUGAAGAACGUCGGCUUGCAGGACACCAGGGAAAACUGCUGGAAGUUUUUUAUCGACAGAGUCAGAAAGCAGCUAAAGGUCAUCCUGUGCUUCUCUCCUGUGGGCUCCACUCUGAGGGUGCGUGCCAGGAAAUUCCCUGCGGUGGUCAACUGCACCUCCAUUGACUGGUUCCAGGAGUGGCCAGAGGAGGCGCUGGUGUCUGUCAGCGCUCGCUUCCUCGACGAGACAGAAGGCAUUGUGCCGGAGAUUAAGGAAUCCCUCAGCCAGUUCAUGGCUUACGUUCAUAAAACAGCGAAUGAAAUGUCCAAAUCCUACUUAUCGUCCGACCGCCGCUAUAACUACACCACCCCCAAGACCUUCCUGGAACAGAUCAAGUUAUAUCAGCACCUGCUCAGCAUCAAGAGGUCUGAACUUCUCUCCAAGAUGGAGCGCCUCGAGAACGGUUUGACCAAACUGCAUGAUACAUCUGAACAGGUGGAUCACCUGAAAGCAAAGCUGGCACUCCAGGAGGUGGAGCUGAUGCAGAAGAAUGAAGAUGCUGACAAACUGAUCAAGGUGGUAGGCGUUGAGACAGAGAAGGUCUCCAAAGAGGCAGCCAUUGCAAAUGACGAGGAAUUGAAAGUACAGGUCAUCGCUAAAAAUGUCGGGGAAAAGGCCAGGUCUUGUGAGGCGGAUCUGGCUAAAGCUGAGCCUGCCUUGAUGGCUGCACAGGCGGCCCUGGACACUCUCAACAAGAACAACAUUACAGAGUUGAAAUCGUUCGGCUCUCCCCCUGAAGCCGUGGUCAACGUCGCCGCUGCAGUCAUGAUCCUUCUUGCCCCUGGCGGCAAGAUCCCCAAAGACAAGAGCUGGAAAGCUGGUAAGAUUAUGAUGGCCAAAGUGGAUUCCUUCCUGGAGCAGCUGAUCCACUACAAAAAAGAGAGCAUCCCAGAGGCUUGCAUUAAGGCUUUCGCGCCUUAUAAAACUGACCCUACGUUUGAGCCAGACUUUGUCAGGUCCAAGUCCAUUGCGGCUGCAGGGCUGAGCUCUUGGUGUCUGAACAUUGUGACUUUCUAUGAGGUCUUCUGUGACGUGGAGCCCAAGAGACUGGCUCUGGCCCAGGCUAACGCCGAGCUGGCCGCUGCACAAGACAAGCUGUCCAUCAUCAAGGCGAAAAUAGCGCAAUUAAAUGCCAACUUGGCUAAGCUAACAGCAGCUUUUGAGAAAGCAACAUCAGACAAACUGAAGUGUCAACAGGAAGCUGAUGCAACCAAUCAAGUUAUCUCUCUCGCCAACAGAUUGGUUGGUGGUCUUGCAUCUGAGAAGGUCCGUUGGUCUGAGUCCGUGGCUGAGUUUAAGAUCCAGGAGAAAACACUGAGUGGUGAUGUCUUGCUCAUCACAGCAUUUGUCUCUUAUGUGGGAUAUUUCACCAAGAAGUAUCGCACAGACCUCAUGGACAAGUACUGGAUGCCCUACCUCAAUGAGCUAAAGGUGCCCAUCCCCAUCACAGAGGGUCUGGACCCUCUCACACUGCUGACAGACGAUGCCGACAUCGCAGCCUGGAGCAACCAGGGCCUGCCGAGUGACCGUAUGUCUAUUGAGAACGCCACCAUCCUGUGCAACACGCAGCGCUGGCCCCUCAUAGUUGACGCACAGCUCCAGGGCAUCAAGUGGAUUAAGAACAAGUUUGGAAAUGACCUGAAAAUCAUCAGGCUGGGCCAGAAAGGUUACUUGGACGUCAUAGAGAUGGCUGUGUCUAAUGGAGACACCUUGCUGCUUGAGAACAUCGGUGAGUCUGUGGAGCCAGUGCUGGACCCUCUGCUCGGGAGAAACACCAUCAAGAAGGGAAAGUACAUUCGGAUUGGAGACAAGGAGGUGGAAUACCAUGCCGACUUCCGUCUCAUUCUACACACCAAGUACUUCAACCCCCACUACAAACCAGAGAUGCAGGCACAGUGCACAAUGAUCAACUUCCUGGUGACACGUGAUGGACUGGAGGACCAGUUGCUGGCGGCUGUAGUGGCCAAAGAGAGGCCUGACCUGGAGGAGCUCAAGGCAGAGUUAACCAAACAGCAGAACAACUUUAAGAUCGUGCUGAAGCAGCUGGAAGACUCACUGUUGGCCCGUCUCUCAGCUGCCUCUGGAAACUUCUUAGGAGACACAGCACUGGUGGAGAACCUGGAGACCACCAAGUGCACAGCCACAGAGAUCCAGGAGAAGGUGCGAGAGGCCAAGAUCACUGAAACUAAGAUCAACUUGGCUAGAGAGAAUUACAGACCAGCCUCCAUUAGAGCUGCACUGCUCUACUUUAUCCUUAAUGACCUCAACAAGAUCAAUCCAAUUUACCAGUUCUCCCUCAAGGCCUUCAGUGUGGUGUUUGAAAUGGCCAUCAUGACCACUGAGCCAGCUGAGGAGGUGAAGCAGAGAGUUCUGAACCUGAUUGAUGAAAUCACCUACUCAGUGUUCAUGUACACCAACCGCUCACUGUUUGAAAAGGACAAGCUGACGUUCAUCGCUCAGAUUUCCUUCCAGAUUCUGGUAAUGAAGAAUGAGAUUAAUCCUGUGGAGCUGGACUUCCUGCUAAGGUUCCCCUACAAAGUAGGAUUGGGAUCUCCUGUGGACUUUUUGUCCAACCAGUGCUGGGGUGGCAUCAAGGCCUUAGCUGAAAUGGACGAGUUCAAGAAUAUGGACCGGGACAUAGAGGGCUCGGCCAAAGGCUGGAAGAAAUUUGUGGAAUCUGAGGCUCCGGAGAAGGAGAAGUUCCCUCAGGAAUGGAAGAGCAAGAUGGGCCUGCAGAAACUGUGCAUGAUGAGAUGCCUCAGACCAGACAGGAUGUGCUACGCUGUCAAAAACUUUGUUGAGGAGAAGUUGGGCACCAAGUAUGUGGAGGGCCGCAGUGUGGAGUUUGCUGUAUCCUAUCAGGAGAGCAGCUCCUCCACCCCUGUCUUCUUCAUCCUCUCCCCUGGAGUCAACCCGCUCAAGGACGUGGAGGCACUUGGUAAGCAGUUUGGCUUCACCUUUGACAACCUGAAGUUCCACAGCGUGUCUCUGGGUCAAGGUCAGGAGGUUGUGGCGGAGGCUGCGCUAGACCAGGCUGCUGUGGAGGGACACUGGGUCAUUUUGCAGAACAUCCACCUGGUGGCUAAAUGGCUGAGCAGCCUGGACAAACGCAUUGAGCGCUACAGCAUCGGCAGUCAUGAGGACUAUCGCGUGUUCCUGAGCGCCGAGCCAUCUCCCACACCCGAAUCCCACCUCAUCCCACAGGGCCUGCUGGAGAACGCCAUCAAGAUCACUAACGAGCCGCCCACCGGCAUGAAUCCCAACCUGCACAAAGCCCUCUAUCUCUUCAACCAGGACACUCUAGAGAUGUGCUCCAAGGAGUCGGAGUUCAAGGUCAUCCUCUUCACUCUGUGUUAUUUCCACGCGGUGGUGGCUGAGAGGCGUAAGUUUGGUGCGCAAGGAUGGAACAGAUCGUACCCCUUCAACAACGGUGACCUCACCAUCUCCGUCAACGUGCUCUACAACUACCUGGAGGCCAACAAUAAGGUACCCUGGGAUGACCUGCGCUACUUGUUUGGAGAGAUUAUGUACGGAGGCCACAUCACAGAUGACUGGGACAGGAAGCUGUGCAAGACCUACCUGGAAGAGUACGUGGGCCCUGAGAUGCUGGAAGGAGAAUUGUGUCUGGCACCUGGCUUUCCUGUGCCACCCAACUCCGACUACAAGGGCUACCAUUCCUAUAUCGAAGAGGUGCUGCCAGCGGAGAGCCCCUACCUGUACGGCCUGCACCCCAACGCUGAGAUCGGCUUCCUCACCGUCACCUCGGAGAAGCUGUUCCGCACCAUCCUGGAGCUGCAGCCCAAAGAGUCCAGUGCUGCAGGAGGCGGGGGAGUGUCUCGGGAGGAGAAGGUGAAGGCCUGUCUGGAUGAGAUCCUGGAGAAGUUACCCGACAGCUUUAACAUGAUAGAGAUCAUUGCCAAGGCAGAGGAGAAGACUCCCUUCAUCAUCGUGGUGUUCCAAGAGUGUGAGAGGAUGAACAACCUGACUAUGGAGAUGUCCCGCUCACUCAGGGAGCUCAACCUGGGUCUCAAGGGUGAGCUGACCAUCACUACAGACAUGGAGGAAUUGGGGAAUGCCCUAUUCUUGGACACAGUGCCAGACUCCUGGACCAAACGGGCGUACCCGUCACUGCAGGGUCUGGGAGGCUGGUAUGCUGACCUGCUUCUCAGGAUCAAGGAGCUGGAUGCAUGGACGGGGGACUUUGCCAUGCCCCCGGCGGUGUGGCUGGCCGGUUUCUUCAACCCGCAGUCCUUCCUGACGGCCAUCAUGCAGACCAUGGCCCGCAAGAACGAGUGGCCGCUGGACAAAAUGUGCCUGGCUGUGGAGGUGACCAAGAAGAACCGCGAGGACAUGACCACCCCGCCCCGAGAAGGAGCCUACGUCCACGGCCUGUUCAUGGAGGGUGCUCGCUGGGACACCCAGACGGGUGUGAUCUGCGACGCGCGACUGAAGGAGCUGACCCCGUCCAUGCCCGUCAUCUUCAUCAAGGCCAUCCCCGUGGACAGGAAGGAGACAAAGAACCUCUACGACUGCCCCGUCUACAUGACUCGCAAUCGAGGACCCACCUACAUCUGGACCUUCAACCUGAAAACCAAAGAUAAGCCGGCUAAGUGGGUGCUGGCGGCCGUCUGCCUGCUCCUCAACGCCUGAGCGCCUCAGAGUAGGCCAGCAGUGAGGCGCCCUCUAGUGUUAAAACAUUAAAAUGACA